AUGCCCAAUCAAUUUGAAAAUCCUGUGAACCCUGAAAUUCACCGGCAAACAACAGCGCGUGAGAUUCUGGACGACAUUGAUCGUGAGAUUGAUUUUUUUGUCGCCGGUGUCGGGACGGGAGGAACCCUAACAGGUGUCGGAGAAGUCCUCAAGAUCCAUCGAUCAAAGACUCAGGUGGUUGCAGUAGAACCGAGCAUUUCGCCAGUUUUGUCCGGUGGUCAGCCGGGACCAACCCGUAUUGAUGGCAUUGGAGCAGGCAGAAUUCCAGCGGUGUUAAACGUUAAUGUCAUCGAUCAGGUGAUGACUGUCUCUGACGGAGAGGCUUAUCAGAUGAUGCGGCGGAUUUCAAAAGCCGAAGGGUUGCUCGUUGGGAUGUCGUCAGGGGCAAAUGUCCAUGCCGCAUUAGAAGUGGCGCGGGGGCUUGGGGUGGAUAAAACUGUUGUCACAAUUUUGCCGGAUACGGGGAGACCGUUAUUUUAG